AAAAAAGCCUCUGCAAGCCCUUAAAACCCCAAAAAAUCGAAGAUGAGUGACUCAGUCGAGGACAUCGAGAUGUCGGACAUCUCGUCGAUCGUGGAGACCCCUCACAGUGCAGUUCCUCACCCCCGUUCGUCGCGCACCUCCGACAGUAUGGACUCGGGCUACCUGUCGUUAACCCCUCACUCCUUCGGCACCCCGAGCGCGAGGGCCCGUCGGCCCCCAGCCCUGACGAGGCGCCACUACUGGCUGCGCUCGGAGCACUGGCAGCUGGACCGCCGCCCCAGGUCCAAGCUCAACAGCCUGAUCAACGCCUCGGCAUGUCUCGCCGAGUCCUCGGAGUCGCUCGCCCCGGAGCACCCGGACAGUGCCCUGGAGGGCAGCUCAGCCGGCAAUUCCCUGAGUCUCGACUCCCCGGGGGACGAGUCGCGCUACAGCUUCCGCAAGGGCCUGCGGGAGUACAGGAGCAGGGCGAGGAAGGCCCAGAGGGCGUCGGCGGUGACACCGGCGAGCAUUCCCAUCCUCUCGCCGCCGCCCUCGCCGGCGAUUCCCUCGGCGUCGUUCGUGGCGUGCGAGCCCAUCGACGAGAAAGAGAAGAUGGUCAGGGCUGCCCAGAGCACCCCCUACGACCUCCGGGUGACCCUGGCAUCGGUGGAUAUCACGUUCUCACCGAAGACGAGCAAGAGCCCGGGGGAGGGGUUCAGCAGUGUCGAGAGAAAGGAGUUCAGUAAUCUCAGUAUUGGGAGUGCGGAGAUCAAGCCCAAACGACUGGACUUCAGCCAGAGGACGUACGGGGGCUACAGGACUCGGUCAAUACCCGAUGUCACUGGCAGGGAGACUGUUGACAUUCUACAUUUGCUCGGGGAGAAGAGCAAUCAUCUCGAGAUUGUCUCCAAGAUCCUGGGGUACUUGAGGGCUGAGGAUCUCUGCGCUGUUAGCAUGGUGUCGAGGACGUGGAGGAGCAUCUGCGGGAAGGAUGUGAUGGCUAAUAUGAGGAGGAUCACUCAUGUCUGUGUCAGGCAGAGCACUAAGGAGAACCUCAGGCGGUCCAGGAAGGCCAAGGAGAGUGGGAUACAGGAGAGCCCCAAGAGCAGGUUCGCCAGGGGGUAUCUGGUCAAUGUGCAGAACUUUCUGAUGGUACCCAAGAGGGGGAACCCCAGGAGCCCUCCGGUGUCGCCGAGCAAGAUCAAGUGGAAUUCUUAUGUGAAGGCAAGCAGGAGGCUCGCCCCAUCGGAUCGUCUCUUCUCCUGUCCCAAAUGUAACUUCGCCUGUCCCGUCAACACCGAGAAGAACGUGGGAACAUGCACCCGCGAGGGCUGCAGCAUAGAAUUCUGUACACACUGUUUAUCAACUCCACACACAGGUCUGUGUAAGACUCCCCUUCUGGCAACGCCAACCAAACGAAAAACACCACCACUAAUCGUGGGCUCCAAACAGAGCAAGAGGAACCUCAGGCGUUUAUGAAAUACGAGGAUCAUCUUUAUUCUCGAGAGCCACACGUGACAGCGAUCAUUCCACUCGAGUUCGGGGGUGAAAUUCAAUUCUACAAUAUUUAUUCGAUACUUUGAAACGCAUUUUGCCUUCGUCUUGAGCAUUUUUGAGGAUUGAGGACCGUUGGAUCUUGGUUUGAAGGCCAAUGUCCCCAUUUUCAAUAGCAAAAAAUGCUCUCUCGGUGCAACAGGCGCAUCUGGGGAACGUCUGGCCAGACGAGUUUUUUCGACAACUCUCCCUCCACCACUGCAUCAUUUCGGCAGCCUGCAAUUACUGGGGAUCCCUGCGAAUAAAACGAGUUUCACCCUGGCGUUGUAGAACAUACCAAGCACUCUUUGCGUUGCCAACUUGAAGAUCUUCGCGAGGAUGAAAAUUCUUGGAACAUUGCGAGCUUCAGAAUGGGAUAUCCAAAAAUGCUGAGAAUUGAAUUAAAUUUUUUUAACGCAUUAUUUAAUCUAUUUAGAAAGCGUGUGCAAAAUAUCAAAAACUGCGCGUGCAAAAUAACAACGAAAAUAAAUUCCAAAGUUGCUACUUAUACGUGAGGUUUAAUGGGACAUCGAUAAAUUCAGUGUUUUCCCUACAUUAUCCCUCAACGGGUAAUGUGGGAAAAAUGCUGAACUUACCGAUGCUCCACUUAACCUCGUGUAUAAGUAGCAACUUUGGAAUUUAUUUUCGUUGUUAUUCUGUACGAGCAAUUUUUCAUUUUUUGCACACGAUUUCUGAAUGGGUUAAAUAAUGGGUUGAAAAUUUUUCAGGUUGUUCUCUGUAUUUUCUGACCCCAGGGUGAUGUCCUUAAAGCGACUCAUCUGUUGGUUUUUGAGAAGAACUAGUUCUCUGGAUCCUUUUCUAUUUUUUCCAAAAACGUUUUUUUAAGACAAUUUUUGAAAUAAUUGAAGAGGUAGAAACAUUUUCGCAGGGUUUUGUACUUCGUGAAGAUUUUCUGGGGAUUAUGGAGGUGGAUUUGUCACAGAUACCUAGUCCCUGUGUCUAGUAUUAUUGGGGAGUCAGAAAGUUUAGUAUUGUUUAAGGUUUAGAUAGGAUUAAUUUGGUUACAAUCUUCCGCGAUUGCCAUAGGAUGAUUAACCCCGGUGUUUAGGAUUUUUUAGGUUUAAGGAAAAUUUGUGUGAAGGGGUGAAACGUUCAUUGAAUCUCAUCAACUCGAGCUACAGAACUUGGAGACGAAUGACAAAAAUCAUCUGUUGAAAUCUCUUGUUAACGAGAGGAAUUAUCCAAUAUUAAUUGAUUAUUAACUGAUUAUUUCAUUCCAUCACUUACUGAAUACCAAAUUAUCUCGUUAACGAAUUAUUUUGGGAGAAAAAUGUCAAGAGCUGUUUGUUCUUGGGAAUUAAAUUCUCCGCAAAAGGCAUCUCUUGACACUUUCUCAUUUUCUAAAUUCAAAAUAACAACAACUUCAACUUCGAGGCCCAUGGGAUCUUGGUUUAUUUUUUUUUAUUUUGAUAAUCUGAAAUGUUCUCAAAUUGCCAUUCAGUUUUACGUGGCCCUGGAGUCUCUAAAAAUGAUGAUUAUACAACUAAAAAAACGUUGAAAAAAUUGAACAUUUUCAGAGUGUUUUUGAAUAAUAUUGGAAAAUAAAUUUGCAGAAAAUUGCAAAUUAGUAAUUUGCUGUAUUUUAUGAGUCUUUAGGUCGUCAAUUGUGACAGCAGCCAAUGGCUGUCAGACCGUUAAUUUUCAUGAUAAAUUAUCCAUUUACAAUAUCCUCUCUAUCGAACAUAUUCCCCAAUCUUUACUAAAAAUUUCAGCUCUUUAAAAAUGUUCAGUUUCUUUUUCAACUUUUUUCGCUUGUGCAGUCAUAAUUUUU